AUGGGUCAAGUUCCAUCCCAAGGCGCUGGUCGACCAGGCCGCGAUGGCAAGGACAAGAGAAAGGAUCAGCCCAAGAAGUGGGAGCCACCUCUUCCCACUCGAGUAGGCAAGAAGAAGAGACGCGGACCGGAUGCCGCCACAAAGCUGCCCCCCGUGCACCCCACCACGCGAUGCAGGCUAAAGCUGCUGAAGAUGGAGCGGAUCAAGGACCACUUGCUGUUGGAGGAGGAGUUUGUUCAGAAUCAAGAGAGGUUGAAACCUCAGGAGGAAAAGGCGCAAGAGGAGAGGACUAGAGUGGAUGAUCUCAGAGGAAGUCCAAUGGCGAUCGGAACGCUAGAGGAGAUCAUCGACGAUGAGCACGCCAUCGUCAGCAGUGCCACUGGGCCAGAGUACUACGUGUCCAUCAUGAGCUUUGUGGACAAGGAUCUGCUCGAACCUGGUUGCUCCGUGUUGCUGCAUCACAAGGCGAUGGCCAUCGUGGGUGUGCUUGCGGACGACGCGGAUCCCAUGGUCAACACCAUGAAAGUGGACAAGGCGCCCACCGAGAGCUACGCGGAUGUUGGGGGUCUCGAGCAGCAGAUCCAAGAGAUCAAAGAAGCCGUGGAACUGCCCCUCACCCAUCCUGAGCUCUACGAGGAGAUGGGCGUCAAGCCUCCGAAGGGUGUGAUUCUUUACGGCGUGCCAGGCACAGGAAAGACGCUCUUGGCAAAAGCUGUGGCCAAUCAGACCUCGGCAACCUUUUUGCGCAUCGUAGGAUCGGAGCUGAUUCAAAAGUACCUCGGAGACGGUCCCAAGCUGGUCAGGGAGCUGUUUAGAGUGGCAGACGAACAAGCUCCUUCGAUCGUCUUUAUCGAUGAGAUCGAUGCUGUUGGAACAAAGAGAUACGACAGCAGUAGCGGAGGAGAGCGAGAGAUUCAGAGAACCUUGCUGGAGCUCUUGAACCAGCUGGAUGGUUUCGACACAAGACACGAUGUCAAGGUCAUCAUGGCUACAAACAGGAUCGAGUCCCUGGAUCCCGCGUUGAUCAGACCAGGCCGAAUCGAUAGAAAGAUCGAAUUUCCCAUGCCCGAUCAGAAGACCAAGAUGCGCAUCAUUCAGCUGCACACUAGUCGCAUGAACCUCGACUCUGACGUCGACUUGGAGGCACUUGUCAGCGUCAAGGAUGAAUUGAGCGGUGCCGACAUCAAAUCGCUCGCGACGGAGGCCGGACUGCUUGCCCUUCGCGAGAGACGUAUGCGCGUGACGAAGAAGGACUUUGACACGGCCAGAGAAAGAGUGCUGGACCGAAAGAAGGAGAACAUGCCAGAGGGUCUUUACCUCUGA